AUGAUAAUUAAUUUAUUUAGGAGAAAAGGAGGAACAGUGAUUACAUCAGGUGUGGUCAUUUCAGAAAGAAAAAGAUAUUUUAUAAAUUAUAAUAAAAAAGAGUUUUAUUAUAAUAUGAAUAGUUUUAAUAAAUAUUAUUAUAAUAAUAAUAUCAAAUAUGUCGAUGAAAAAAGAAAUAAGAACAAAAAAAAGAUUAGUGAUAUAAAUAAUUAUGAAGAAAAUUCUAAAGAUUUAUAUUUUAAGAAUAAAAGCAUUGAAAAAAAAGUUGCAGAUAUAAAAAUUAAAGACAGUCAUAAUAAAACACUCUUUGAAUAUAUACCUAUAGAAGGAAGAACAAAUAAGGUACCUAUAGCAUUUCGAUUAUUUAAUUAUAUAUUUUUAUUUAUAUUAUCAAGUGGAGUAAUAUUAAUACAUAUAUUACCAGAAAUUAAUAAAGAAAAAUAUAUCAGAGAUUUAUAUACUUUUCAAAUUUAUUCUUUGUCAAGUUUUUUAGUAUUUAACGGUGGUUUUAAUUCUUUAUUUCAAUUAAUACAAUAUGCUAUACCAACAAAUAGAAAAUAUAAAGGAUUAUAUAAUACACUUAGGUUUAUAUCAUCAUUAAUACCUUUAUUUUCUGCUAUUAUAGCAACUACAUUAUGUGAGAAAUUUCCAAGAGAUAGCUUAUUCUUAUUAACAAUAUCUUUUAUCACAUUAUUAGUGAAUUAUUAUUUACUACACAUUAAAUGUUUAAUACCUGUGUGGUUAUAUAAACAAUAUAAAAUUUAUAUUUCUAUAAUAAUCAUAAAUUUAAUAUUCUUGCUAUUAAGUGAAGCUCAAAUAUAUACAGGAAGAAAGGUAUCUAUAAAUGUUGACUACUAA